GAUUCAAGAACUAGUCCUCUUUGAAUUUACAACUUGCUAACUUGGCUCAAGGCUUGGCUGUAUGACUUUCUAGCUUGGACCAAGGCUUUGAUGUAUGACUUGCUAGCUUGGAUCAAGGCUUUGAUGUAUGACUUGCUAGCUUGGAUCAAGGCUUGGAAUUCUGUUUUGGUGCACUGUUUCUGUGUAUAACUGUCAGCCUUUAAACAGUAACCUGGUCUUCUUCUGUGAUUUAUAUCAAGAUUUCAAGGCGGUAUCUCAAUGUACUUCUAUGUACAUUUUUGUAGUUAUAGUAUAGUUGUUUUUUUUUUUCUGUAAACAAACCUAUGUCAGUCGGGUAGGCACUAGGACCUUGUAGAACCCUUACCUUCUAUGACUUCCCUUUCCUCCUCCCCCUCAUUGCUCUCCUCCCCACUCACCCAUGUGUUGGCCCUGGAGGAGGUACAGUAGCUUUACUUCAACAUGUGUGCGAGUUAGAAUUAAAGCAACUAAGAGAAGAACUUCACUCAAUCCUCGGUGUGGGAGAACAGACGUGAGAAUAACGAAGAUGAUGGGCUGACCAUUGAGAAACAUCUAUCCUAAUAUUUUUUUUUUAAAAAAGCAACAAAAAAACAAACAAAAAAACCACAUCGGAUAUUAUGGAAGGGAAGAAGGUGCUGCAUUUUGUACCAUCUGAAGCCCCAAAUCCUGGACGAUCUAAGAAUGGACAUGCUUUCCAGGAGAUGGAGCUGCAGGAUGAGAAAAAGGAGGAUCGUGAUGAUAAUUCAACAGUCAAUGAAAAAGACUACAUCUAUGAAAAUGAAGUCCAGAUCAGUCUGCCAGAGUCUGACGGUCCAGGAUUUGGACUGUUGAAUACAACAAGAAAAUAUGUGAAGCCGAUGGAUUUCCAGGAGGAAGUGCGUGCUCAAAGAGACCUGGACAGCUUCCUGGCUCAGGCCACGAUACUCCUGAACGAGAAAGCAGCUACUCUGGACGAGGUUCUCAGAAAUAUGUUGACCAACAUGAUGAAGGAUGACCUGGGGAGGUGCAACAUGGACGCGAUCAUGAGCUCGCUCUUCACGGAUGCUCGAGGAACAGAGUUUAACGUUCAGCUACUUGCAGAGACCAUUCAGGGUGUUACUGCCACUUCCACUGGAGUUCGCUAUCAGCAGUCUUGGCUCUGUAUUCUCUCCCAUGUUCGGACUCUUCAGAGACGUCACGUUUGUGUCACACGUUUGGAGAGACCUCAGAACUGGGGAGACAACUGCUGCGAGGCUCGAUACGUCAUCCUCAUCUUAGCUCCUCCUAGAACUAAAAGCACCAAGACGGCCAUUGAACUGGGUCGAACCUUAGCCUCCAUGUUCGCGGACAUCUCCUUUAGACAAAAGCUUCUGGAAGCUCAGACCAAGGAGGAGUUCAAACAGGAGUUGGUCUACCAGAGACAGCAGCUGUCUGCGAUCAGAGAGAAACCAGUAGUGGAGGAGGUAGAGGACUCAGAUCCAAGGAAAGGGAAACCACUCCAGUGCUGUGAAUUCUUCAAAGCCGGCAAAGGAGUUUAUAAUGACCUUCGACGCAGACUCCCCCUCUAUCCCUCUGACUUUACAGAUGGCAUCAUUGGGGAGGAUCGCUCUCUGCUCAAAUACACAACCACGGCUAUUUUUCUCUACAUUGCCAUUCUCCUGCCAGCCAUUGCCUUCGGGUCACUCAACGAUGAAAGCACAAGAGGAGAGAUGGAUGUUCAGAAGACUAUUGUUGGACAGAGCAUUGGAGGAGUGAUCUAUGCUCUGUUUGCAGGCUCACCACUGGUCAUUCCACUGACCACUGCUCCCCUGGCUAUAUUCAUUAGUGUCAUCCGAGGAAUCUGUGACGACUACAACUUGGACUUUGACGCCUUCUAUGCCUGCAUCGGUUUAUGUAACAGUUUCUUCCUCAUCCUGGGAGGUGUAUUCAACGUCAGCCUGCUGAUGAAACUCUUCAAACGCUCGACGGAAGAAGUCAUUGCAUUGUUCAUCUCCAUCGCUUUUGUGGGGGAUGCAGUGAAGGGCACCAUCAAAAUUUUCGAGCACUACUACCUCGGACCCACACUGACCACAACAAACAGCUCGCUGGUCCUUCAGCAGAUUAGUGAGAUUCUGCAGACGGCUAACAAUCAGACAGGGGAUGCGAUCCCACCCACCGAGGGACACCUUUCAGUUCUGCUGCCCGAGUCUUUGGUGCUGUGUACGAGAGAAAGACCAAUCCUGUGUCUGCUGCUCAUGUUAGGAACUCUGUGGCUUGGUUACGCCCUCUAUCUCUUCAAAAGGGGCCCUUAUCUAAAUGACACAGUCAGAGAGGUGGUGUCAGACUGUGCUCUGCCCACCUCCGUCAUCAUCUUCUCCUUCAUCGGCUCCUACCUGUUCCUGGACAUACCGCUUCCAGUCUUUAGUGUCCACGAUCGUCCCAUCUUCAACUACCCACAGCUUGAUAAGCUUUCAGGAAUGAAUGCCCUCAGUGCGGUUGGUCUGGGUUUUCUCCUGGCUCUGCUCAUCUUCAUCGACCAGAACAUUGUCAUCUCACUCACGCACGUUCCAGAACACAAGCUGCUGAAAGGCACCGCCUUCCACUGGGACCUGGUUCUGACCGGAUUGAUCAACAUCCUCAUGUCCUGUCUGGGUCUGCCGUGGAUGCACGCCGCAUUCCCACAUUCCUCCCUUCAUGCCCGACAGCUCGCCAAAACAGAGCAGCACGUGGAGAACGGACACCUCUACACCACCAUCGUCAGCGUGAAGGAAACGCGACUGACGGCUCUGGCGGCCAACAUCUUCAUCGGCCUGUCGACCUUCAUGCUGCCUGUUCCUCUGCAGUGGAUUCCUAAACCCGUCCUCUACGGCCUUUUUCUUUACAUCGCAGCCACAUCCCUGGAUGGAAAUCAGAUGGUGGAUCGUAUGUGUCUGCUACUCAAAGAACAGACGUCCUAUCCUCCCACGCACUACAUCCGUCGCGUGCCUCAGAGGAAGGUCCACUUCUUCACCGGCCUGCAGAUGACCCAGCUCAUCAUUCUGUGUGCAUUCGGAAUGUAUCCUCUGCCCUACAUGAAGAUGGUCUUUCCGCUUCUGAUGAUUCUGCUCGUCCCUGUGAGAACCAGCCUUCUUCCCAGAAUGAUCGAUGCCAAGUACCUGGACAUCAUGGAUGCCCAGCACAUGUAAAAACACUUCCUGUGUUGAGUUAGGGUAUGAAUACCAAUAAUCAUGGACUUUUAUUUACUAUCAAAUGUGGCAUAGAGAAAUGUUUCUGUUGCAUCAGUAUCCACUUUUUAUUAACGGACUUCAAAACACACACACACACACACAUUCCUAUUCUGAUGCAGUUGCAGACAAUACAAUUGACCAAAUGAAGUACAAUUUAUGAGAAUCUUUCAACCUCAACCUACGCCGUUAUUUUGUAAGAAAGGAAUGGACAAGGCUGUUUAGUCCUAAAAGUGAAUUUUUGGAAGUAUACCUAAAGUAGUAUUGGACCAAUAGGCAGAGACGCCACCACCAGUAGUAUCAUCUGGAUACUACUGCACAUUUCAAAGUACCAAGUGAAAGACACAAAAAUGUAGUUUACAUUAUGUGAAAGUACAGAGGUUUCAUCUUUUCCCUGUUUUAAAAGACAACUGUUACAACAUCAAUAUGAAAAUGAAAUAUCCUACCAUCAAGGCAAGCAACAAUAAAAACAUUAGCUGUAUGAAAUGUUUGCAAGUAAAAACCAGCUGCAGACAGCCUCUGUAUUCACUGUAAUUGUAACUUGUGUUGUCCUAGACUGUGGUUUACCGUUGUCCUCACAGUAAUGGGUUCAGCUGGGCAAAACAUUUAUCUUCACUACCAGACAAAAGACCGCGUAAACACAUCGUUAGUUACCACAAGUCAAACCAAUGCCAUUUAUUUUGUAUAUUUUUUUAAUAAUAUGGACAUUUCAGUUUGUGUUUGAAAGUUUAAAGAUCAUUGUGUUUGUAAAGAUGUAAUUCUAUCAAUUAUAUAUUUUCAAUGAUUGUCUGACUACACAGUAGACGAUACGUUUUUCUCACAGUUUUCACAACAGGAACGUCUAAUGAUUGCCUCCAUCUCUUGCUUUUGCGUCCACACGUAUGUUCAAUCUUGGUGUACAAAAAGGUUUCUACUGUAUAAAUGUAACUGUAUCUUUUCACUUAAUUAAACCAGGCUGUGACGUGGAGCUCUAUUUAAUUCAGCAAAUAAAGAGUUGCGUUUCUUUU